UGCGCACCUUUGCUUCUACUGUUAAACAAUUCCAUUCGCACAAGCAACCAUUAUUGAUUUCGGUGAGAAAAUGGAGAGAGCAAUCGAGAGACAAAGAGUUCUGCUAGAGCAUCUUCGUCCGUCUUCUACCUCUUCAUCCUUGGAAAAUCUUGAUUCAUCACUCUCCGCAUCAGUCUGCGCAGCUGGUGAUAGUGCUGCUUAUCAGAGGAGUUCUGUUUUUGGGGAUGAUGUAGUAAUUGUAGCUGCCUACCGAUCUCCUCUUUGCAAAUCAAGGAGAGGUGGGUUCAAGGAUACCUUUCCUGAUGAUAUACUUGCACCAGUUUUGAAGGCAUUAAUAGAGAAAACAAAUCUUAAUCCGGCCGAAGUCGGAGAUAUUGUUGUUGGAUCAGUGUUGGGAGCAGGAUCCCAAAGAGCAAGCGAAUGCCGGAUGGCUGCUUUCUAUGCUGGGUUUCCUGAAACGGUGCCAGUUAGGACUGUCAACAGACAGUGUUCCUCAGGUCUUCAGGCAGUAGCUGAUGUAGCUGCAGCUAUUAAAGCUGGAUUUUAUGAGAUUGGUAUUGGUGCUGGGUUGGAAUCCAUGACCGUCAAUCCUAUGGCAUGGGAAGGCUCGGUUAACCCAAAGGUGAAGACCAUGGCACAAGCUCAAGAUUGUCUUCUACCAAUGGGGAUUACGUCAGAAAAUGUUGCACACCGCUUCAGCAUAACGAGGAAGGAACAAGAUCAGGCUGCAGUUGAGUCCCAUAGAAAGGCUGCUGCUGCAACUGCUGCUGGAAAAUUCAAGGACGAGAUCAUUCCAAUUCCAACUAAGAUUGUUGACCCGAAAACUGGAGACGAAAAACCUGUUACAAUUUCUGUUGAUGAUGGGAUCCGCCCAGGGACUAGUUUGGCAGAUCUUGCGAAACUUAAGCCGGUAUUCAAGAAAGAUGGGUCGACCACUGCAGGAACUUCGAGCCAAGUGAGUGAUGGUGCUGGUGGUGUCCUCUUGAUGAAGAGAAGUCUUGCCCUGCAGAAGGGAUUACCAAUUCUUGGUGUAUUUAGGACUUUUGCUGCUGUUGGUGUACCCCCAUCGAUCAUGGGUAUUGGCCCUGCUGUUGCAAUUCCAGCUGCUGUCAAGGCUGCUGGUCUUCAAGUGGAAGAUAUUGAUCUUUUUGAGAUCAAUGAGGCAUUCGCAUCACAAUUUUUAUAUUGCCAAAAGAAGCUUGAGAUUGAUCCACAAAAGAUCAACGUCAAUGGCGGUGCAAUGGCCAUUGGACAUCCUUUGGGAGCAACAGGAGCACGUUGUGUUGCGACUCUGCUGCAUGAGAUGAAGCGUCGUGGUAGAGACUGCCGCUUUGGUGUCGUCUCGAUGUGCAUUGGCACUGGAAUGGGUGCAGCGGCUGUUUUCGAGAGAGGCGAUUCUUGUGAUGAGCUGUGCAAUGCUAAAUAGAUCAUCUUUAAUGGUUAAGUUACAUGUCUGUCAUUUACAGGGGGAAAAACAUAAUUAAAUGGGAUUUUACAAGAAUAAGGUGACUGUAGCAAAGUUACUUGUUCGUAUUUUAUUUUCAUUUUUCCCUCAGGAUUGUCUGUAUUUUCUUCAAACGUUACCUAUGGAAAUUGAUCGACACUCUUCAUCGUUAUUUCAACCACUACUUUGUUUUAUGGUGUCUC